CCCCCCCCCCCCCCCUUUUUCUCUCCACAGCUGCAAAGUUCAGAGAGUUCACUGCUCGCUCCGCCACGCCACAGUCAACCUCUGUUGUAAAUUUUCCUCCCGGAGCACGUGACGAUGCAUUUCUUGACUAUAUAUCCCAAGGACAGCAGCGGGGCUGUCAGAGCGCGGAGCCCGACACCGAAGAAAAACGUCCUCAGAUUCAGCCAUUUAGGAGUUCCACACUUGGGACAAACUGUCAGCUUUCGAACCCAGCUGUGUGAGCAGCAUUUCAAUGCUAAGGAUGGAGCCUCUGAACAGUACCCACCCCAGCGCUGCAGCCUCCAGCAGCCCCCUCCAGUCCCAUGUGCCUAGUAGCAGCAGUGGUAACGGCAAUGAAUACUUCUAUAUUCUGGUCGUUAUGUCCUUCUAUGGCAUUUUCCUGAUCGGAAUCAUGCUGGGCUACAUGCAAUCCAAGAGACGGGAGAAGAAGUCUAGCCUCCUGCUGCUGUACAAAGAUGAGGAGAGGCUGUGGGGUGAAGCUAUGAAGCCACUGCCCAUGAUGUCGGGCCUGAGGUCAGCACAGGUGCCCAUGAUGCUGAAUAUGCUACAAGAGAGUGUGGCGCCUGCACUGUCUUGCACCCUCUGCUCAAUGGAAGGGGACAGUGUGAGCUCUGAGUCCUCCUCCCCAGAUGUGCAUCUCACCAUCCAGGAGGAAGGAGCUGAUGAUGAGCUGGAGGAGACCUCCGAGACACCUCUCAAUGAAAGCAGUGAAGGGUCUUCAGAAAACGUUCAUCAGGAUUCCUAGCACCCCCAGGCCUCUGGAGGCGGCUUCCGUAAGCCACACUUGACAGAGGAAAGGCGUGUGUGAAGUGCCUGGUUUCACCUUUGCUCUGCAGCUGCUACUUUGAACAGACUGUGGGCAAGCCCCCCAAAAUGGGGGAGAGAGAGACAAAGCUCAACUGGAGUCCUGGAGGUUCCUGUGGUUCGGACCCAUCAUUGCAUGACCAUUUACUCUGGGGUCUGGGUGUUGGGGUCCCUGUUCAGCUCUGGCUGGACAAUGUGUUGUUUUUCACUGGAUGCCCUGGGUAACUUCUACAGCAUCUGUCUGUGCCCAGGGCUGACAACUGCCCAGGGCAGGCUGAAGGACUACUUUUGAUUUGCUUAAUUUGCCUAGAGCUUUGCUCUUCUAGAUCUGAUUGGCUGUAAGUAUCUUUCUUGUGUGCCUGUGGCAUUUGGUCACAGAGAAUUACACAUGUCUUUUGGAUUAGAAGGGGGAAUGCUUGAUGGGGAAUUUUUGGUAUGGAGAAAGCUGGAGGAAGAACCCAGAUUGUUUGCACAAUGUGAGGAGAGAAAGCAGUGUGUCCAUAUGUCCACAUUAGCCGGGCUAUAAGCUAUGACCUAGUUUGAGCUUUUGCCUCGCCUGUGAGCUUGAACUCUGACUUGUGACUGUACAGCAAUGCAGGUGAGCAUGGCUUUCUUUGCCAGGGAGCUUCCUCAGACUCGAAGCCUACAUUCAGAAUGGCUGUUCAGGGUGGUCCCCCUGACCUUUACAGAUUGGGUAAUGGUGGGGGUUACACAAGGCCAGCUCAUCGAUGGCUCUGCUAUGGCUCUUUUUCCCAGCCUAGUUUUCCGAGGCCAGAGAGGACACAUGUGGGCCUCUUAAUGUGGGGUUUUGUCAUGUAGCUGAGACCCAGAAGGGCAUAUUCAGGAGAGACUGAACAGGGCUGGGGUCCAAACACUGUGCUUCCUGACUUGAGCCCUGAUGAUCAUUUACUGUGUGGUCCUGGGCCUGUCAUCAGAAGGUUCAUUGCCUUCAUGAGGCUCCUGUGGCUGUGCAGCCCCAGGGGGCUGGGAGGACAUCUUUAGACUUUGUACUGUGUGAUCAAGCCUCCACAGCCUGGUGUGAGGAAGUUUAGACCAAGUAUUUCCCCUUUGGCUGCUUAGUCUGGAAAAGGAUGUGUUGACUUAAAGGCGCAGUUGGAGGCUAGAUAGUGUGACUGGGGAAUUUGGGGCUGAUCAGCAGCCAUCCUUACUGUAGCUUUCCCAGGAUGGGACCGGGGAGGCCGAUAGCAUAGCUUCCUCUGCAGAGUUCCGUGGAUGGGAGGAUGUUAACACUCCCGGCUGAGGGAAAGAGAAGGCUAAAAGGAGGUUCUCAGGACCACUUGCCAGUGUUCCGUGUGGCCAGAGCAGGCUCUUUUGCCCACUGCAGACCUUUAGAAGGAAGCAGAAAAACCCCCAAAGGCCAAGUUUGACUGUAGGGAAAAACCUUUUUAAUUUUUAUUUAUCCUAACUCUCCUUAGAUUGGAGACAAAGCAGUCACUACUGUCCCCAUGAGGGACGAACAGUAUAGGAGCUGGUUUUUCAAUCAGUUUUUGACACAGAGGUAGAGGUAAUUUAUGUCGGAGGGGGAAAAGGGCCUUCUGUUCACUUUAAGAUUCAGAGUGUGGAUCAACUCCAAAGGGGGCCGUUGAAGUUGAAAGAAGCCAAGUUAAGUUUGGCCUCUUGCCUGGAAUCACUUGAAUUCUGAAACUUUACUGCGACAGACAUGUGCAUGGUCACAUUUUCCAUUGCUUAAUCCUGGUUUGGUGCAAGUCUGUCUGCGCCUGUUACAAAGUGAUGGAUAUACUUUCUUCCAGUACAUUGAGUUGUAGACAAUUGUCUUUUGUA